AUGUCAACAGAUCUUCCCGCUGAGGUUCGUCGGGAGAGUCGCCGCAGUAUUUCCUUCCCAGUGAACACAAUGCUUCAGUCGGCAGUGCAAGAUGGCGAUGUGGCCGAGCUCGUUAGGCUUCUAUGUCACAACGACGAACACGACGCGGUUGACGUCGACGUAAACUUGCCUAACCACAUCGGUCUUACGCCGCUGCACCAUAGCGUUCUACAGAACAAUGCUGAUGCCGUGAAACUGUUACUUUGUAACGGCGCUGAUGUCAAUGCUCAAGAUAAAAACGGCUUUACGCCGCUCCACACCGCUGCUGCCGGUGGCUUCUACCUCAUUUGCAGCAUGCUAAUCGCUUUCGGUGCCGACGUGACACUGCUCACUAACGAAGGAGAUCUCUGCUUGGAUUUGGCCAAAGAAGAAGACAUGAGAACGAGAACUCGCAGCACACUGACAGCUAUUGCUGCUGAAUUAUUUUUGCGAUGUGACAUAAAAGAGAAAUAG